AUGGAUUUGUCGGCGGUGACGGCGGCACUGGGAAUAAAAUCGUACGACAAAGUUGCCGAUAUCUGUGACAAUCUCAUGCUUCAGGUUGCAGCGGACGGUGUUGCUUUUCACAAUGACUGGCCCUACGCCGUUCAUCUUCUCUCUCACUUUUAUGUUCAUGACAUCAACAGUGCUCGUUUUCUAUGGAAAACUAUACCUUCCUCGAUCAAAGAAAGCAAACCUGAAGUCACUGCUGUGUGGAAAAUCGGUCAACAGCUUUGGUUACGGAACUAUGGUGGAGUACAUGAGGCAAUCCGUGGUUAUGAGUGGAGUCAAGAACUCCAAGGCUUCAUUUCUGCUUUCUCUGAACUUUACACAAAGGAGGUUUUUCAGCUGCUUGUAUCUGCUUAUUCUACAAUAAGUAUUGAAGAUGCUGCUUUAUUUCUGGGAAUGAGUAAGGAUGAUGCUACAAGUUAUGUACUACAGCAAGGUUGGACUGUGGACUCUUCCUCUGGGAUGCUAACUGUGAAGAAGCAACCUGUUGUGACAGAGCAGAAGCUAGAUCCUCGUAAACUGCAACAGCUGACAGAAUAUGUCUUUCAUCUUGAGCAUUGA